AUGGCACGAUCAUCGACUGAUGAACUUAUUGAUGGCAUUAAUUCGAAAGCAAAUUAUAUCAAAACAUUACCACGAACCAUGGAUUCAUGUAUGCGAGAAGCGAUAAUGAAUUGGAAAUUAUUAGUUACUGAGGCUUCCUUACCACUAGUUUUGAAUUCAGCACCGAAUUCAAGAGAUAGCGUGACUGAGCUGCCAAGUAGCGACUACAUGAUUGAUCUACGAGCUGGUAUUAAAAUUUUGCCUCGCCGAUUUGAAUCACAACAAAAAUCAAUUGACGUCGAAACCAGACAUUUUCGGACCAAACAUGAGAAAGAAAUAAUGCAGGGUCAAGUGAAAUGCGUCAAAAUCAAUGAGGAAGGAAAACAGUUUAAAUACGAACCUUCACGUUCAGAAAUGCCACACGACUCUACUAUAUUUAUUGGAGAAUUACACAAGUUUAGUUUUCCCGACAAAGUUCCGCCUGAGAAAUCAGCUGAAGAUCCGUUGACCUAUCCAACUAACGCCUGUGCAUAUCCUAAUUGUGGUAACACAGAAGGGAUCGAGAAUUGUAUUACCCAUCUUCAGCUGUGUGAGCGUCAUGAAAAAGAAUUAGAACAUAAUAUUCAAUACAAAUGGAUGCCGCCUAAGGCUUUGAAAAAUUACAAAAAAAUUGAAACUCAACGAGUAGAGAAUUGUGAAGAGUAUCAUUACCGAAUUUAUUAUCAGUUAUUACCACAAUUAAACAAAUGGAUAGAACAAAUUGAUAGUAUCAUACUAACUGACUGUUCUGGUGUAGGUUCCGAAGUUUCUGCUAUUGAUGCAUGGCUAGUUCUUCAACUACGACCAAUGCGUCAACUUUUAAUGUUGAUGAAGUCGUUCAUUUUUAUUUAUCGUAUGUAUCUGAAUUCCGAUGCCAUUGUUAUUGAAGCUAUCACUGCUUUAUUCGUACAUGUAUUAGAAAGUGCCACAGUAAAAGAGGCUAUUGUGCAAGAAACUGUAAGAAUGAUUCGCCUAUUUUGUGGUAUCGUUAGUUGUAUAUUUAUCUAUUUUGGUAUUGGCAUUUUGUACACAUUGGAUAUAAUAAUUAGUGAUGAUGCAUAUCUAGCCACUAUUUUGGGUGGAUUUGGACUUACAUUAAUAGCUAUAGGUGUGUUCUUGCUUGCAGCAGCUGCUGGUCCCAGAAGUAUAGUUGGUGGAAUCGCUGUACUUGGUACUAGUUUUACUUCUACUCUUCUUAGUUUUCGAAUGGGAAGAGAACGUGAAAGACGCGACGCUGUCCAUCCACAUCUCAUUCAAAUUCAUUUGGAUCUGACACGUGCCCAAGAAAGAAUGUGGCAAUGGAUAAAUAACGCAUAA